UAUAUGGAGGACAGACAGCUAGGGUAGAGAGAGAAAGACAACGAAGAACGCCUGAAGGGCAAAAAUCAAAAAGAGUGUGGGAGAAGGAUUUUUUAGUCUUUAACCUUCCAACUGUAGUAAAUGGCGUCGGAUGUGUAGGGUAUGCAUUUAAUGGGGGAUUGAUUCACAAAAGCUAAAGAGAGAAGAAGAAGAAGCUCUAUUCAUUCAGGAUUUUUCAUACCUUCUUCUUCUAUUAUAAUCUCUCAUUUGUGAGUUGUCCGAUCUGGGUUUGGAGUUUUAGGGUUCUUACCCUUUUCCCCUUCUUUUUUUUCAUCUGGGUUUUGUUUCUUUCUCCAGUUUGAUUCUCUAAUCUGUUGAAAUUUGAGAUCUUCUUUCAAAUUGAUCCCACUUUACUUUAUUUUUCUGGGUUUUUGAAAUGCAUCUUUCACUUUGGAAGCCAAUAUCCCACUGUGCUGCUCUAAUCCUAGACAAAAAGAAGAACAGGACUAGUAAAGAUGGUUCUUCUAAAAAAGAAGUCAAGAAAAAACCAUCUGUUCUAAGGAAAUUAAAAGAACAUAAACUCAGAGAAGCUCUUGAAGAAGCAUCUGAAGAUGGGUCACUCUUCAAAUCGCAAGAUAUGGACGCCAACAACAACAACGAAGAAGAAGACGAAGCCGUUGGAAGGUCUCGAUCGCUCGCCAGGCUUCACGCUCAGAAAGAGUUUCUAAAAGCAACUUCUCUCGCCGCCGAACGGACCUACGAAUCGGAGGACUCAAUCCCCGAUCAACUCGAAGCUUUCUCGAAAUUCCUAACCAUGUAUCCCAAAUAUCAAUCUUCUGAAAAGAUCGAUCAGCUGAGAUUAGAUGAGUAUAGUCAUUUGAAAGAGCCAGAUCCUAAGGUAUGUCUUGACUAUUGUGGGUUUGGUUUGUUUUCAUUUCUUCAAACUGUUCAUUAUUGGGAGUCUUCCACGUUUAGCUUAUCGGAAAUAACUGCGAAUUUGAGUAAUCAUGCUUUAUACGGUGGAGCUGAGAAAGGUACAAUUGAACAUGAUAUCAAGAUUAAGAUUAUGGAUUAUCUCAACAUUCCUGAGAAUGAAUAUGGCCUUGUUUUCACUGUUAGCAGAGGAUCUGCUUUUAAAUUGUUAGCUGAAUCGUAUCCUUUUCAUACCAACAAGAAACUGUUAACCAUGUUUGAUCACGAGAGUCAGUCUGUAAAUUGGAUGGCUCAGGCUGCUAAAGAGAAAGGUGCUAAAGUUUACAGUUCUUGGUUUAAGUGGCCAACUCUUAAACUAUGCUCAACUGAUUUGCGAAAACAGAUUUCGAAUAAGAAAAGGAGGAAGAAGGAUUCGGCUACUGGUUUAUUCGUUUUUCCUGUUCAAUCCAGAGUAACUGGCGCUAAGUAUUCUUAUCAAUGGAUGGCACUGGCUCAGCAGAACAAUUGGCAUGUUUUACUCGAUGCUGGCUCGUUAGGACCGAAAGAUAUGGAUUCACUUGGACUCUCCCUUUUCCGACCUGAUUUCAUCAUCACUUCCUUCUAUCGGGUUUUUGGGUACGACCCAACUGGAUUCGGAUGCCUUCUGAUUAAGAAAUCUGUGAUGAAUAGUCUUCAGAAUCAAUCGGGUCAGACUGGUUCAGGCAUUGUGAAGAUUACUCCCGUUUUUCCUCUUUACUUGGGCGAUUCAAUGGAUGGUUUGCCCGGUUUUUCGGGUAUUGAGGAUGAAGAAGCUCCGGAGAUUGAAACCAGACCUGUUUCGAAUUUGCCUGCAUUUUCGGGUGCAUUUACUUCUUCUCAGGUGAGGGAUGUUUUCGAAACGGAAAUGGAGAAUGAGAAUAGUUCGGAUCGGGAUGGAGCCAGUACGAUAUUUGAGGAAACCGAGAGUAUUUCGGUUGGGGAGGUAAUGAAGAGCCCGGUUUUCAGCGAAGAUGAGUCGUCGGAUAAUUCGUUAUGGAUCGAUUUGGGACAGAGCCCGUUGAAUUCGGAUAACAAUGGCUUAAGGAGCUCGCCUUUGCCUCCGUUUUGGUUUUCGGGAAAGAAUCAUAGACAACAAAACUCGCCGAAACAACCCCCAUACGAAAAAGACGACAACCAUGUGUUAUCGUUCGAUGCUGCUGUUCUUUCGGUUUCAAAUGACAUGGAAAGCCGUCUCAAACAGGUCCCAGAAGAGCUCUGGAUCGAAACCGAAAUCGAAGACGAACAAAAACGAAACAGGAUCCUGUCUGCUUCGAGCUCGGGAUCAAACGGUGCCAAAACGAUCGAAAUAUACCAAGACGCCAAAGAGAGCGCGAUUCGAAGAGAAAAUGAAGGCGAUUUCCGACUAUUGGGAGGGCGAAAGGGUAAUUUAUACUCGGGCAGUAGGUUUUUCGGAAUCGACGAGCUCGAACAACCGCCCGAAAGUCGAGGGAGAAGAGUUUCCUUUUCCACGGAAGAUCAUCAUCACGAUCAAGUGAACAAUAGCCACACAAUCAUAGAAACGGAUGAUUUCUCGAACGAUGAGGAUUACGAAAGCGACGAUCAAGAUUCGAGUAGAAGGGAACCCGAGAUUGUAUGCAGUCAUCUGGAACACGUAAACAUGUUGGGUCUUAACAAGACGACAUUACGCCUACGUUUCUUAAUCAACUGGCUAGUAACAUCCUUACUCCAGUUAAGAUUACCCGGUUCUGAAAACAAAGACGACGAAUCCACACAUCUCAUUCACAUAUAUGGUCCGAAAAUCAAGUACGAAAGGGGAGCUGCAGUUGCUUUUAACGUGAGAGACAGGAAUCGAGGUCUGAUUAAUCCCGAAACUGUUCAGAAGCUAGCCGAGAUUCACAACAUAUCAAUUGGAAUCGGGAUACUUAGCCAUAUAAAGAUAUUGGACAACCCCAAACAACAACGUGGGAUGAACCUCGAAGAAACAACCUUAUGCAAACCGAUGGAGGCUAAACAGAACGAUGGAAAGAACGGGUAUAUUAGGGUAGAGGUUGUUACAGCAACGUUUGGCUUUCUAACCGAUUUUCACGAUGUUUACAAGUUGUGGGCUUUUGUCGCUAAGUUUCUUAACCCGGAUUUUAUCAAAGAUGGAGGAUUUACGGAAGGCUGAUGACUCGCAAUGUGCAUAGAUUUUGCGGAGAGACUUGGGGAGAGGUGCUUGUAUUUGUUUAUUCGUGCUUUUUAAUCGUUAUGUUUAUUUUUUCUUUGUUUGGAAUUGUGGGUUUAUUUAAGAAUGUAGAUUUGGUUUAGAAAUUUGUAUUGUUGGAUGUACUUACAAAAAAUGUAGUGGUAGAUUCAAUGGGGUUAAGUCUUAACCUUCUUUCUCUCUUUUUCUUGUAUUUGAUCCAUGGAAUUCAAGAAUGAUGGCAUAAGUUAAGUUUGUUGAA